AUGGCAAAGGUCACUACAACUAAACCGACAAGACGUGCUUCAGUGAGUGAUGGUGGCGAGCGAGUGAGUGCAGAUGAAAGGGUGAGUGCAGAUGAGAGAGUGAGUGCAGAUGAGAGAGUGAGUGCAGAUGAGCGAGUGAGUGCAGAUGAGCGAGUGAGUGCAGAUGAGCGAGUGAGUGCAGAUGAGCGAGUGAGUGCAGAUGAGCGAGUGAGUGCAGAUGAGCGAGUGAGUGCAGAUGAGCGAGUGAGUGCAAAUGAGCGAGUGAGUGCAGAUGAGCGAGUGAGUGCAGAUGAGCGAGUGAGUGCAGAUGAGCGAGUGAGUGCAAAUGAGCGAGUGAGUGCAGAUGAGCGAGUGAGUGCAGAUGAGCGAGUGAGUGCAGAUGAGCGAGUGAGUGCAAAUGAGCGAGUGAGUGCAGAUGAGCGAGUGAGUUCAAAUGAGCAAGUGAGUGCAGAUGAGCGAGUGAGUGCAGAUGAGCGAGUGAGUGCAGAUGAGCGAGUGAGUGCAGAUGAGCGAGUGAGUGCAGAUGAGCGAGUGAGUGCAGAUGAGCGAGUGAGUGCAGAUGAGCGAGUGAGUGCAGAUGAGCGAGUGAGUGCAGAUGAGCGAAUGAGUGCAGAUAAGCGAGUGAGUGCAGAUGAGCGAGUGAGUGCAGAUGAGCGAGUGAGUGCAGAUGAGCGAGUGAGUGCAGAUGAGCGAUCAGGCUCACCUGUUGCUGCUCAAUCCGGUCAUUUUCUUCUUUCUUAG